AUGAACACCGGACAGCAGGCGACUAGGCGUCUGGCCUCGAGAGCCGGCCCCUCGAUAUGUCGCUCAUGUAGAGACACAAUCACCCGUACCUACGCAUCCGCCGCUGCAGCUGUACAGACCCCGGACCAAACCACUCAGCAUGUUCCCCCGGUUGCUCAAGCAUCUCCUUCAACCGCAUACGCUGUCAAUGCCGGUGUCGUCCUGUCCCGCCCCCCGCAAAUAACACGCGACCUGCAUCCAUUCGAGUCCGCCUUUUUUCUCUACCAAAAACGUCUGAAUGAACGACUCGCACUCCCCUUUACACGAUACUUCUACGUCAAGAAGCGAACCCCGGCCGAUCUAGAAUGGAAACGGAAGAUGAAGCAACGGCUGACCCCCGCCCGUGAUAUCGGACGGUACAAGGGUUACGGAGACGAGGCCUGGAAUGAUGAAUUGCUUGUUGGAGCACCUGAGAGUGAUUUCGAACAUCAGGUUGGAAAACUGCUAGAGGACGCUGAGCAGUCUGGUCUGGAAGAUGCACCAGACACCACUGGCGCAAACAAGAUGGAGCGUGAGCCUAUAGAGAGGCCAAUGCCGAGAGUGACAGAGGCAGACCAGAAAAAUGACACAAAGAGUUUGAACCGCGCGCUGCAACGGACGCUGUAUCUUCUUGUGAAGAACAAGGAGGGGCAAUGGCAGUUCCCACAAGAUCGCCUGAAGGAUGAGCAUCUACAUGGGGCCGCAAACCGUAUCAUUACCAGCACCGGUGGCGUCAACAUGAACACCUGGCUCGUCGGCCACGUGCCAAUUGGCCACUACCAACUGGAGUAUCGCGAGCCGCGACCUUCUGGAAGCCUCAAGGAGUACGGCGCAAAGACCUUCUUCAUGAAGGCGCGCAUCAUGGCUGGUCAAGUCGACCUGAAGGAGAACAAGCUCGGUCUUCAGGACUUCAAGUGGCUAGCUAAGGAGGAAUUGCAAAAGGAGGUUGACGGCAGUUACUGGCGAUCUAUCAAGAAUAUGCUUGCCGAGCGGUGA